CAUGCACCAAAAAGCUGUGUGAUUAUUGGAUGAUGCUGUCCUCUUUCACGCAUGCGAAUGGAUGCAACCUUUUUGUGGUCCUUUUUGUUUCACAGCAGAGACACCGGUUUUUUUUUUCGUUUUGGCUGUUCAUUUUAAGUGAUUUAGGGUCCGCGAAUCUAUGGCCAGCGCAUAUACAUAUGCUAAUUGAUGGAGGAGGCAUGGCUCGGAAUUAUAGAUUUUCGUCCAAUUGUUGAUACUGCGCUUGUGUGUUCCGAACUGCGGAGUUCCCUUCUAUAGGGUUGGGCGAUCUGGUAAACACCUGGCUAAUGCACAUGUUUAAAACUUGGAUUGAUGGCUGCAGGGACGUCAAGGCCGGGAAUAUCAAAUGUGAUGCACGCUGUCCUUUGGUCGAAAAAAAGUCAUAGUAGCUGAGAGUAGAGAAAGUGGAACGACCCACGGGAUGUUGGUUCGUUCUCGGGGGUGGAGUGGUGUAUUUAAGUCAUUGUUUUCUCUAGUCGAGCUAGGCACGAGGGCACAAAGACACUUGGACGUAGUUAGCUAUUAUAGACAGCAAACUGCCGUAAAUGGGAAUCAAUGGGGCAAAGGACAAGAGAAUUGUGGUUUUAUGUCCAGCCUAAAGAGUACAUGUAAUUAUGUACAGGUCUGAUAUCAAACCAAGGUCAGUCCUCUGCUAAACCGCGCUAAACCGCUUGUGGCCAGUUCAAACAGCUGCACCCAAGCCUCAUCCUCCGUCGCCCGCAUCCACUUUCACUUCCCUCUCUCUCCAUCGCCGUCCUUCAUCUUCAACUUCAUCUUCAGCUUCGUCUCUUCUUCAUCGCUUCUCUCCCCGCCUCUGGCGCCCCUUCGUCACCCUCCGCUGUCACCUAUCCCAUCUCUUCAGCCUACUCCUCAUAUCAACGCCUCCUCUUCUUUUCCAUUCCCUUUUGUCUCCCUUCUUAGUAAUUGGGCCCUCCCAAGUUAGCCCAUUUCUUUGACCUCCACCACCACCCCUGACUGGUUCUUCUCUUCUUCGUCUCACAUCUUCCACGCCUAGUUAAAAUACUUGUUUUGCUCCCCCGAGCGAGCCUCACUCUAUUUGUCCCUGAGACCACCACCCCCCUUUUAGAGUUCCUUCACGCCCAGUGUCUCGACGACAUCUUUAUCUCCUCUUUUUCACCAACUCCUGGUCUUUCUCGAUAGAUUUUUAAUAAACUGGAUAUGUUUCUGUGAAGAUUUCUCCGCCAUUUCUCCGCCCUUACUCUACUUUUAUUACACUACACGGCUACGAAUCUUCCUUACUUAAAACGAAAUCUGUAUAAUUACGACCUCAUUGCACAGACCUCCGUUAGUGCUCUUCCCGUUCGACUUGUUGAAAACGACGAUUCGAUAUCGACUCGUUCGUUCCUUCAACUUAACAUCUUCGAUUCAGUUCAUUUAUUCCUCACAAUUCUCUAUAACACCUUGAAAGGCCAUUUGCCAAUAUACCUGCGACUCGCCCUUCCGACACAACACAACCUUAGCUUAUUUCCGCCGCAGUUUGAAUUGCUCGUCAUCAAGUGCUGGAGGUUUAUAAUCGAGAUAUUUACAUCCUCUUCAAUACCAGCUUUAAUAGACACUUGGAUCGAAGGAUCCGUUUCGGAUUUCAACGAGAUCUGCAGGCCUAAUAUAUUGUCUAUGAUCUUCUCCACCCUUCGAGAUCCUCCCGUUUCUAUUCUAUCCAACCCUUGGCAGCCCUAUUCUUCUCAGAGAGAAGUUAUAGAUUUUGAAAGUAACCUUCUAUCCUGGCAUAAGACAUCUUAAUCUAUAAUGACUCCUUCAUCGAGGCCUGAUGGCCACCUCAACCUCAACUAUCUUCCUGUUUCACAACCAAUGUCCGGUACUUCAACGGGAAGCUCGUCGCCAAAUGAACAACCGGGUUCAAGUUCUAUGAAGUCUUCCUUUGGAGGUUCAAAUGGGUUAAACAGCACUGGAGGAGCUCUUGGAAGCGCCAGAAUGGGGGCUGGUUCCCCUUCUCAUGAUCUUGGCGCUCGUUUGUUCUCCAAGAGAGCUCGAGAGAUUCAGGCUCAAGAAGGUCUUGCUCCAAAUAUCUGGGGACCUCCAACCAGUGGCAACUCGACGCCUCUUCGCGAGAACAUACCGGAAUCCCCAAGCCAGGAUGAAUUCCCGGACUUGGCGCCUGCGCCCGAGAGCAGCCUCACUAGCCCUGCCCGUCGAACGAGAGCGGGGACAGUUCCUUCCCGUUUCUCUCCAGUUGGCACACUGAACGGUGUUGGCCCUCAGUCGUUCACCUCAAAAACAUCCAGACCCACGCCUUCAACAAGCCCGUUCCGCCCUCAUGCCGUGGCAGGGAUAGACUCCUCUAGCAGACCGCCUGCCCCUGGAAGCGGAAGCAAUACAGCCUUGCUUUCACGCCUUCGUGCCGGGUCCAUGCCACAACGUACAAGUGUGCUUGAUGGUUCGAAUCCGUUUGGGCCUUCUUUAUUUUCCACCAACUGGUCGUCAGGUAGGGAGAGAGCAACUACUUUAACGAGCAUCAGAUCAUCCGAGGGGCCCACGUCACCAGCGCAGUCGUCGUUUUCAAGAGAUGGGCUCGCGGAUGCGGACGUUAAGACCUUGGACUACCUUGGGCUUGCUGAAACUCCACAGCAAGCCCGAGUACAACUUGUCCGCCCAUCCGUCGACCAGCUCAUGCAACAACAACAACAGCAACAACAGCAGCAGCAGCAACAAACAUCAUCCUUACCUCCCCUUCUUGCUGACCUAGUAAUGAUAAAUAAAAAUUCCAAUCGGUUCCGCUCCUACUCUGUAAAUGCCAAGGAGAAAUACGCCGAAGACGACGAGGAUCAAUAUGAACUUCCGUAUCCGGGUGUUCCAUCGGGGUCGAUAACACCUUCAGCCGCUGCAACUGCUGCCCAGUUAGCUGCGACCCAGGCACAGAUUCAUCAACACAACUUAGCCGUGCAAGCAUUUGCCAACCAUGCAUCUGUGAGCCGCCCACGCCCACGUGCCCGUACUGCCGGCGUUUUGGAUACUCCUCCUCAGCGCUCAUCGAUCCGCAACUACCUUGCGACUCCGUCUAGACUUGAUAACAGCCUUAGCAUUGCAGACUUACGUAUUUCGGAGACUGCCGAAUAUGACGAUCUCCCAGAAGCAGUUCAGGUGUUGCAACUGGGCGGAAUGCAAAGCUUGCGACAAGGCCAGGAAAUGGUGGAUGAAACUAAUCUAGACGGUCCUACCAGAGCAUUGUGGAUUGGUAGCAUUCCAGUCUCAACAACAGUGACUUCUCUGGACGCUAUCUUCAAUGUGUAUGGCAAAAUCGAGUCGACAAGGGUUCUGACCCACAAGAACUGCGGAUUCGUUAAUUUCGAACGUGUAGAAAGUGCUAUUCAAGCCAAUUCCCUUCUGAAUGGCAAAGAAAUAUUUCCAGGUGCUGGACCCGUCCGGAUCGGCUAUGCGAAGGUGCCAGGGACAUCUGGUACGGGUACUCCCGGCCAAAAUGGUGACCACCAAUCGCCCACUCCUGACCCAACUUCCAGCGGCUUAGGUCGGGGUGGAACUAAUUCAGGUGGACAAGAUGGGACUUCCGGAACGGACCAAGCAAACGGACCUGCUCCCAACACACCAACUAUUCCACAGUUGGUUGAAUUGCAACCAGAAAUGACCCAAAUCGUUGCCGAAUUUGAUGCAUCCGAAGAAGAAUGUCAAAAUAUUACAGCGAGCAUUCAGCGAGCUGUGGUUUUCAAGUCAUUUGUCGAUGAAAUUCCUCCGAUUCCAGAACCAAGUCAAACUCGGGUCCAUGACGCCCCUAGACUCCGGGAUAUUCGAAAGCGGAUUGACAAUGGGACUCUUGCAGUGAAUGAAAUCGAGGAGACAGCAAUCGGGAUGCUUCCUGAGAUUGCUGAAUUGUCUUCCGAUUAUCUUGGCAACACGGUUGUCCAGAAGCUGUUCGAAUAUUGCUCAGAACCCACCAAAGAAAAGAUGUUGGCUGAAAUCGCUCCUCACCUUGCUGAAAUUGGUGUACACAAGAAUGGAACCUGGGCUGCACAGAAGAUUAUCGACGUUGCCAAGGACUCGACGCAGAAACAGAUGAUUGUAGAAAGUCUUCGUCCAUACACUGUGCCGCUGUUUUUAGAUCAAUAUGGCAACUACGUGCUGCAAUGUUGUUUGCGCUUUGGUCCUCCUUAUACCGACUUUAUUUUCGAAUCUAUGCUCAGUCGGAUGUGGGAGAUCGCCCAAGGCAGAUUUGGUGCCCGCGCUAUGCGGGCUUGUUUGGAGAGUCACCAUGCAACGAAGGACCAACAGCGAAUGCUAGCCGCAGCUAUCGCCCUACAUAGCGUCCAGUUGGCGACAAAUGCAAACGGUGCUCUCUUACUUACUUGGUUCCUCGAUACAUGCACGUUUCCACGUCGACGAACUGUUCUCGCCCCGCGCCUUGUUCCCCAUCUUGUCCAUCUUUGCACUCACAAAGUUGCGUAUUUGACGGUACUCAAGGUUAUUAACCAGAGGAACGAACCCGAAGCUCGCGAAACAGUACUAAAAGCUCUGUUCUACAGUUCUGGAGAUGAAACUUUGGAGAAAAUCCUCAGCGACCAGACAUCUGGCGCGACAUUAAUAUUUAAAGUUCUUACAACACCCUUCUUUGACGAGAGCAUGCGCGGCGAAGUCGUCAAGACUGUCGCAAAAGUACUAACGAAAUUGAAGACUACACCAAGCCAAGGCUAUAAACGACUUAUGGACGAGGUUGGACUGUCCUCCCGGGGCGGAGGAAACUCUCGGGAUAAUCAUCAUUCCAGGGACAACCAAAACGCCCAAAAUCCUAAUAAUGAAAAGAAUCAACACCGACCCUUAUCAUCUAGACAAACGAGCGCCAACAGUUACAAUUCUCAGUCGCAACCAGAGAGACAAUACAGUGGACAGUUUGCAACAGGACUACAGCCUCAGCAGUCCUUUGAUUCCCCAACUACAAUGGCACGAUCUAUUUCAUCGGAGCAGACUCUUCCUCCUUAUGACAUUUACGGGAUGGGUGGAGUGAAUGGUGUCAACGGACUCGUGAAUUUGUCUUCUAUGAGCAACAAUCACCCGUUUCCCCAGGAAUCAGUCCUCCCCAUCAAUCAGCAACAGCUCCAAUACCACGCAUUCCUCGCCUCGCAACCCCGUGGUAUGUCUCCUGGUGGAUUUUAUGCCCCUCAGAUGGCAGGGGCGAGCUUCAAUGGCUUCCCGUCUGCUCCAGCUGCUCUGGACAGCUUUCGAACCAUGCAGUCGCACUCGUCGCCCCUCCCCGGGCCUCCUCCGCAGAUAAGCGCAAGUCCAAUGCUUCAUCAGCCCCCAUUUGCUCCUCCUCCGUUCAACCAGGCUGUGAAUAAUGCUCAGAUGUAUCCAUCCUACCCCCAACAGUUCUACCAAUCCCAAGCCGCCCAGGUUCCACCGCCUGGCGGACGCCGUGGACGUAGAUGAAGCAAAAGAGAUUGUGCAAAAAGGAAGAAUGAAGAAUAUGUCGGGAUUCUGUUUUGGAGGAGUUCUUAGUUCAUCUCCCCUUUUCCCUUAUCUUCCCCUGCUCUUCCUCCCAACCUUUUUUUUUUUUUUUUUUUUUUUUUGCAUCUGUAAAAUUUUUCUGGUACCAGAGAUCACCCUCUUUCCCUUGAGAUAUAUGAGAUGGCUUGCAAAAGAAAAACGAAAAAAAAGCUAUGAGAUCUCUCGCCAACCCUUCCCUUCAAUGCUGGAUCGUUGAGGGCUGUAAGAUGACGACUCGGGUCUGCAGGGUGAAACUGUUUUUUUCCUUUCAGUUGGUCCCCCUACAGUUGCCAUUUGCGCAUCCUCGUCUCCCCUAAAAAGAUAUUUGUAUGGUGUUACUGUGCUUGUAUUCUCUUUAUUUUUCUUUCAAAGCAUCCUUUCCUGUUUUUUUUCUUUCUUUUUGUAUUCCUUUUACUUUUUCGCUCUUCUCUUCUUAAAUAUAUUAUUAUCUUACCUUCUUCUUCCCUGUUUUUGAUUCUUAAAACCCAACUCACAAAUUACCAAAUCCUCAGAAGAAUACCUUUUUUUCUCAGAAGUUUCUCUUAUUGAAAAGAUACGACUGUUUCCUUGUCAAAUUACAUCAGCAACGUUUCUUUCCCUUUUUCCUGUUUGUUAUGGGCUCAAAACUUACUCGUGUACUGUCUCUGCCAUUAUAUCGCGUUCUACUUAUUUUUCCCAUGCUCUGUGUGUGUGUGUGUGUGUGCAUGUAUGUAUGUGUGUAGAAGGAGGAGAGAGAGAGGAUGUUGUUUACUUCUAUCUAUUUUUAUGUAUCUGCUUAUAUAUUUAUUACUUUAUUUAACUUUGUUUUGCAUAUUUUCCUUGUCCUCUCUUGAGACAAAGUUAUCUUCUCUACAUGUCAGAUCUGUGUUAACAACAAACAACUGAUCUUUGUUUCAAAAGGUACUUCUUUUUUCUUUUUCCUUGUACCUUUUCUCUCUCUUUUUUUAUCUUCGGGGCCGCUUAACUUUCUUCUUAUUACGUUUCUAAUACAUACUGAUUCUACAUUUCUAUGUUUUCACCUCUUUUAUUCCUUUCUAGGCUCAGAUUAAACAAUAUCCAGUGGGUAUGUAAGAGCAGGUUAGUGGCAUCAUCUGUGUGUGUGUGUGUGUGUGUGUGUGUGUGUGUUCAUGAGGAUUUUCAGACAGGCAUGCCUAGCACUAACCUGUAUGAUAUGUAUGAAACACAAUACGGCAGAUAAAAGAGCUUAUCAGUUUUAAGUACUUUUGCGUGUUUGUAGUGCUCUUCUGUAUGUAGCUUGCUCUUUUAUUGCUUGCCUCUUAUAACGAAUUUCAGGUCUCUUUUUGAAUGGAAAAAUUCCAGUUCUUUUUCUCUCUCAACUCAUAAUUAUCUUCUCAGUUUUUUCUUCAAUAUUCUCUUUUUUGCCUCAACUUCAUUGGCUUUGUUUAACAGUUUCAUAGGUUAGAGUUACUUCCUUUCAUUUUUCAAUUUAAUUUUAACCUUUUUGAUUGCUCAAUUUGCUGUAUUUGUAACAACACUUCUCCCUUUCUCACCACCUCAAUAGUAUAUGUAUGUGAACAAUCAAAAACUAAGGAGUUGAAAAUCACAACGAAGACAUUAAGAGUCGUG